AUGGCGUCCUCGUGCUUCACCACCGUGGCGACGUUGCUCAUUGUGUGCGCUGCCGGCGGCCUUCAGGCUCAGUUUUUUUUCGGCGAUGAGCGCAUAGAGUUCGAACCCGAAACAAAAGUCCUCAUGAAACAGCUGGCGGCACGUGUGGACAAGCUGGAGAGGGACGCCGCUGAAGCAGCCAAAGCGCCGGUCUCCUUCGCGGCGGCGUUGUUCACCACAUCGGAGUGGAUCCACCUGGGCCCCUUCAACACAGACACCACCCUGGUGUUCAGGAAAGUGAUCACCAACGAGGGCAACGGCUACGACUCCAACACAGGCAUCUUCACGGCUCCCGUCAAGGGUCUCUACUUCAUCCUCUUCAACGGCAAUGUGGGGAACUCGGGCGCACUGAACGCGGCGGUGCUCAAGAACGGCGUCAACAUGUUCGCUAUCUACGACACCCAGGGCACCUUCAGCAGCGCCACCAACGGGAUGCCACUGGUCCUGGAGCAGGGAGACAAGCUGUGGGUCACUCUGUGGGCCAACAAGAGCAUAUUUGACCAGAGCCGACUCACAACCUUCAGCGGCUUCCUCAUCAAAGCCUUGUGAUAAGAAAGGGCACCUCGCAGGAAGCCACUCAAAGCCACGCUUGAUCACAUCAAUAAAAAC